GGGACCGCGGCACUCCGCGGCGCGGCGCGUGCCAUGCGUGGCGCGGCGGCUGGCGCUCGGUCGCUGGCUCAGCAUGCGCGGGCUCUGCCGCCGCCGCCUGCUCUGCCUGCUGGCCGCCCUGCUGGGGCUGUGCGGGGGCAGCAGGAACUGCCCCGACCUCAUCGUGGACCGCUGCCUCUGCGCCGCCGAGCGCUCCAAGGGCCCCGGCCGCCCGGCCCUCCGCAUCAAAGUAGUCUGCACCGGCGGAGACUUGGUGGAAACUUUGCAGCCCGCCGUGCUGCCCAACCGCACCGUGUCCCUGAUUCUGAGUAACAACAAGAUCUUGUGGUUGAAGAAUGGCUCUUUCUUUGGACUGAGAUCCCUGGAGAGACUAGAUCUGAAGAAUAAUUUGAUCAGCACAAUUGAGCCAGGGGCCUUCAAUGGACUUUCUGAACUGAAGCGCCUAGAUCUUUCAAAUAACAGAAUUGGCUGCCUAACACCAGAAAUGUUUGUUGGGCUUAACAGUCUUCAUAAACUGAAUCUGUCAGGAAAUAUUUUUUCAAGUCUCAUGAAUGGGCUUUUUUCUGAGUUGUUAGCUCUGAAAGCACUGCAUUUCAACACCGAUUCGCUCAUUUGUGACUGUAACCUAAAAUGGGUCUUACAGUGGGCCAGAAACGCUUCCGUUCGAAUAGCAGAGGAAACAGUUUGUGCUUACCCUAGUACUUUACAAGGACAGUCCUUUCGUAACCUGAAGGAAAACCAGCUGAUAUGUGCUGGACCUCUGGAACUUCCUCUUUUUGAGCUGAUCCCAUCACAGAGACAAGUGGUUUUUCAUGGAGACCGCUUGCCAUUUCAGUGUACUGCAACAUACGUUGACAAUACUACCCAAGUCCAUUGGUACCACGCUGGUCGCCUGAUCGAAACAGAUGAAGAGCGUGGCGUAUUUGUGGAGGAUAGCAUCAUUCACGACUGCUGCUUAAUUACACGUGAGCUUAUCCUAUCCAGUAUUGACAUUGAUGCAACUGGAGAUUGGGAAUGUCUAGUCAACAAUUCCUAUGGAAAUAGCACUAAAAAAGUAGAAAUUGUGGUACUUGAAACAGCUGCACCCUACUGCCCUGCAGAAAGAGUUAUUAACAACAAGGGAGAUUUCAGAUGGCCUAAAACUUUGGCUGGAAUAACUGCUUAUCAUCCCUGUCUCCGAUAUUCAUUUAACUCCUUUGCCUUUCACAAUGGUGCAGAAGAAUCUAAGGCAUGGCGUAAAUGUAAUCGAACUGGGCGCUGGGAUGAAGAAAACUAUUCUCAAUGUCCUUAUUCACAGGAAGUAACUCAAGUUCUUCAUGCUUUUAGUCAGAUGCACAUCAAUUUGACAACCGUGCUUGAAUUUUCCCGCCAGCUGAUGGCCUACACAAGAGGUGCUUCCCGCUUUGCAGAUAAAAUGGAUGUAAUAUAUUUGGCUUACAUAAUGGAAAAGUUAAUUGUCUUCGUGGAUGAAGUUGAAGAUAUUGGAGAUGCUCUUAUUGAAAUUGCCAGCAAUAUAAUGUUGGUUGAUGACCAUGUGUUGUGGAUGGCUCAAAAGGAAGACAAGGCCUGCACCAGGAUUGUACGAUGUGUGGAACACAUUGCGAGUCAAAUACUGACCAGCAAUAUUCAAGUUAUAUCAAAGGUAUCUCACAAUAUAGCUCUGGAGGCCUUUAUGAUCAAGCCAUCUAGUUUCACAGGAAUGACUUGCACUGCCUUUCAGAAAAUACCUGCAAAUUCUGACAAGUCAGUGGUGCAUGAUCUGGGAAGCUGGGAAGCAAAUCGUCAUCCUGAUCAACAUUUAAAUUUCAAGUGCAACACCGGAAAUCUGAAUGGUUCCUUGGUGAAUUCUUCUACCAGGAAUGCUGUAGCAGUAGCUUCAGUUCAUUUGCCACAGUCUGUCUUCUCUCAGUCUUCAGCCUGGCAAUCUGUUGAUAACUCCACUUGCAAGCUACAGUUUAUUGUCUUUCGGAAUGGAAAACUCUUUCCUAGCACAGGAAACUCAUCAAGUCUUGCUGAUGAUGGGAAACGUAGGACGGUUGCCACACCAGCUGUUUUUGCUAAAAUAGAUGGGUGCAGUUUUGGAAACCUCACCAGCCCUCUUACAAUAGGGUUGAGGCACUUUGCACGGGGUAUAGACCCCAUUGCAGCCUUCUGGGAUUUUGACCUUCUAGAUGGACAUGGAGGCUGGUGGGGAGAAGGGUGCCACAUAAUUAGUUCUGCAGGCAAUAUUACCACCAUUCAGAGUACACACUUCAGUAACUUUGCAGUGCUAAUGGAUUUUAAGACAGUGUUGUCUUUCCCCCAGUACCCAGGGGAGUUUCUGCACCCUGUGGUAUAUGCGUGUACUGCAGUUAUGUUGUUGUGCCUGUUUGCUUCCAUUAUCACCUACAUUGUCCAUCACAGCACAAUCCGAAUAAGUAGAAAAGGAUGGCAUAUGCUUCUCAACUUUUGUUUCCAUACUGCUCUUACAUUUGCUGUUUUUGCUGGUGGAAUCAAUCGCAUUAAAUAUCCAAUUAUAUGUCAAGCUGUUGGCAUAGUAUUACAUUAUUCUACACUCUCUACUAUGCUAUGGAUUGGAGUAACUGCCAGGAAUAUUUAUAAGCAAGUCACAAAAAAACCUCAGUCAUGCCAAAACAGUGAUCAACCUUCUUAUCCAAAGCAACCACUACUCAGAUUUUACCUGAUUAGUGGCGGAGUCCCUUUUAUUAUAUGUGGGAUUACAGCAGCAACCAAUAUCAAUAAUUAUGGGAUUGAAGGCAACGCACCAUAUUGCUGGAUGGCAUGGGAGCCUAGCCUCGGUGCUUUUUACGGGCCAGUAGCGUUCAUUGUGCUAGUCACCUGUGUUUACUUUCUCUGCACGUACGUGCAGCUGAAACGCCAUCCUGAACGCAAGUAUGAGUUAAAGGAAAAGACAGAAGAUCCACAGAGAAUACCAAGUACUGAGGUGGGCCAUGGUCAUAUUACAGACUCUGUGGCAGUUCCCCAGCCAACCUGCUCCAUGAUUUCUUCCUCCUUAUUGGAAAAUGAGCAUUCAUUUAAGGCUCAGCUUCGGGCUGCAGCAUUCACUUUGUUCCUGUUUACUGCCACUUGGACCUUUGGAGCACUUGCAGUAUCUCAAGGUCAUUUCUUGGAUAUGAUAUUUAGCUGUCUUUAUGGAGCUUUCUGCGUGACCUUGGGGCUUUUCAUCUUGAUUCAUCACUGUGCAAAACGAGAUGACGUGUGGCAUUGCUGGUGGUCCUGUUGCCCUUCCAGAAGAAACACCUAUUCUGUCCAAGUCAAUGUGCGCCCAAAAGUUAACGUCAAUGGUGACACUCAAGUUCAUGCACCUUGUCUUCAGGAGUCACCAUGUCCCAACAAAUCAGCUGUGUUUAGUCAUCCAGCAGCUAGCCACUGCAAACUUACUAACCUACAAGCAGUUCAAAAUCACGUUAACUGCCUUUCACCUGUGACACCGUGUUGUGCAAAAAUGCACUGUGAUCAGCUGCUCGACGAUGAAGCUCAUAUUCACGUCCACAGCGAGGGCACCUUCAGGCCCAAUAUGCACAUUCACAGAUGUCUGAAAAGCAGAACUAAGCCACGUUAUUUCAGUCGGCACAGGUCUGCAGGUGAAAGAGAAUACGCCUAUCACAUUCCUUCGAGUCUCGAUGGCAGCAUCCACAGCUCACAUACAGACAGUCCCCACAGUACACACGAUAGCCAGUCAGGUCACAGGCGGGCCUGCUGCUCAAAAAGUGAUCCAUAUCCUACUGUCAACCAGCCCGAAAGUAGCGACGCAAGUACUGUAAUAUAUAGCUGUGCUAAAAUGCCAGAGAGUGACACUGUGCACCAUCCUGCUCACUUUGAAAUGCACCCACGGACACAGUCAUUGCCAUUUAAUAUGACAAAUCAUAACGGAAUUCUCAAGGGAAAUGUGCAUGAAGCCAUGAUCUACAGCUCAGAUAGUACAGGAAAUAUCAAAACUGGCCCGUGGAAAAAUGAAACUACUGUGUAGUUCAUGGGCCAUCCUAAUGUGGUUUUUUUCCCCCUUAAACCAUCAUUAGCUUUGUUUUUAUUCCAAAUGAAGUAAGAUGACAUAUUUGUGGAGCUCAUCAGUAAAUUGUACAGCUUUUCAUCUUUAUUUCCAUUUUCUUAAUAAGAGUAUAAGAGAGAGAGAUAGUGACAGUUUUAAAAUGAAGUUAUUUUUAAGAGAAAGUUAUAAAAUUAUUCUGAGAGAUAAUUAGAAAAUUAAGUCUAGAUAAUUGAAUAUGAGAGGCAAUAUCCUUUUGUUACACAGAACAUUUCUUUAGAAACGCAUCCUUUUUAUUCUUUGUUUUCACUUUUAUUCUGCAGUAGCUUCAGGCACUUUUUAUAAACAUAUCAGCAUCUUAAACUUUUGCGUAUUUAUUUUUGUAGCAAAAUAUUGUUAAGGUGCCAUGGAUUUUAAUUGGAAGUGACUAUGGUGGAAAUGGUAAGCUGGAUUUUAUAAAAUUGCAGCUUUUUAGAUCUACAAAAGCGAUACUGCCUCUAAAAAUCUUCUAUAGCAUAUGGCCUGUAAAAUCGUGUAAUGUACAGUCUCUGUUCUGUCCUUUUUCUUGUUGGAGAGAAGUGCUAGGUAAUGUCUCUGUUACAUCUAUGGUGCUGUAUUGGUUGUAUUUUGCAUGACAUAUGUCAGGAUAUACCAUUUGCUGUUUUCUAGUGUUACAUGUGUUUAAAGAGAAAAAAAACAAAAACAA